AUGGCAUCCUCUCACGUAACUUCGCGCUCACAACUCUCAACCCAACUCACAACUCCUUCCGUGAAGGAACAUCCCCCUUGCGAACCAAUUCCCUCUGAGUCAAUCCUCUCCAGAGAGGGUAUUUCAUGGGUGCUUCAUGUCGACGACAAAUCACCAAAGCCUGAAGCCCUAAAUGAUGUCCAAUGGGAGCAAUGUUCAGUCAUCGUUGUCCGGAUCAAUCCAUUGCCCGAUUCUCCAACCGGAUCCACAAACCCCAUGGUAGACUUCAACCACGCCCCAACCUGCAUGACAAGUCUGGUCAACCGAGUUGGGACCGUUUCUUCUCUCAUGAAAAACAAGCUGCAUGACCAUAUCAAUGCGGGUCAAAAGACGGUUCAAGUCGUUUUCGGGGAAUGUUAG